UGACAGAAUCCCACAGACAUCCCGUGACUGCCCUGCCUGCCAGUCACCCCCACGUUCACUGACAGACUCCCACAUGCAGUGACUGCCCAUCAAUGACUCCCCCCCCACACCCAUUAACUGUCAGACUCCCCCGCACACACCCAAUGACUGCUCUGCUGCUCACCAUGCAUACCCACUGCCCCCAUUUGCUGACAGACCAUGCAAUGCCUGCCCUUCCCACCCACUGCGCACACUCACUGCCUCCCAUUCACUGACAGACCACACAUACACACACAGUGACUGCGCUGUCUACAAAUAGCUACAGCUCAUGUGUACAUCAUGCCCACACCUACUGCCCGCCCCCAUUCACUGACAGACCCCACCCGCCACACACAUCUCGUGUACACACAGUAUGCGCACAUCCAUUGUCCAUCCCCAUUCACUGACAGACACACCCAGUGACUGCCCUUCCACUGCUAACACACACAUCUGCUGGGCACACACAGCACUUGCAAUGUUUGUCAUCCUAUACAAUGGUGCUUAAUUGAUCAAAUUCACUUUUAUUGCUAGCCAGGUUCACUUUCUGGUUCUUGACCCGUAUGCUGCACUCUCUGCAUUGCAAUUACUUUGGGGGCGGGGGGGAUGUUUAAAUUCAAAUUCUUCACUGAAAUUUUAGAAAAUAAUAUUAAAACAUUUCAGUUAAUAUGAGGAUUUAAAAAAUCUUUUCCUCCUUACAAAAAUCUAAACUUUGGGCAUAAACUAGCCAAUCGAGAUGCUUUAAGACCUGGAAAAGCAGCUAGAACUACUACUCCCAGAAUCCCAGCAACUCUCGCAGCAUGGCUGGGGUCUCAUCUGAAUGAGACUGGCAGCAGUAACAGACCUAUAGAGAACACGUGAAGGAGGCUGCGUCAACCCAGUGCAAUGUUAGCAUCUGUGUGACUUUCGUUCAUUCAGAGGCGGAGAGACAGAACAGAGCGGUGCUGAAAGUGCAAGAUGAGUGCUGUCUUAGUGAAGCCAGUUCUUUAUAGUUAUUUCCGAAGUUCCUGCUCCUGGAGAGUGAGAAUUGCACUGGCUCUGAAGGGAAUCACCUAUGAUCAGGAACCAGUGAACCUCCUGAAGGAUGGAGGACAGCAGUUUUCUACUGAAUUCCAGGUAGUAAAUCCAAUGCAGCAGGUCCCAGCCCUGAAAAUCGAUGGCAUCACCUUGUCUCAGUCGCUGGCCAUAAUUCAGUACUUGGAAGAGACCCGGCCUAACCCCAGGCUGCUGCCUCAAGAUCUGAAGAAGAGAGCCCAAGCCCGGAUGAUUUCGGAUCACAUUGUUUCUGGCAUUCAGCCCCUGCAGAACCUGACUUUCCUGAAACAAGUGGGAGGGGAGAAGAAGCUGGAAUGGGCUCAACGCUCUAUCACAUGUGGUUUUCAAGCUCUGGAGCAGAUCCUGCAGCACACAGCUGGGCGCUAUUGCAUUGGGGAUGAGGUUUCCAUAGCUGACUUGUGCUUGGUCCCUCAGGUUUACAAUGCUGAGAGAUUUAAAGGAACUGGCUUCCAUACCCCUACGAUAACCAGAAUCAAUAAAGCCCUUCUGGAGCUAGAGGCAUUCCAAGUGAGCCACCCAUGCCGGCAGCCCGAUACCCCCGCAGAGCUGCAAGCCUAAGGCCUUCCUCCAAGCAGGCUCUGUUUCUCUCUAGAGCAUGAGGGCAGGGAUGGCAGAGAAAUGGAUCACACCCUGCCGGAACAGGAAAGCCACACUCAAGUGCCCAGCAGGCACCCAUAGCAUGGAUGCAUCCUUACCAGCUGCAAAGGAGAAAGAGAGCGAGUGCCACUGACCCUUUACUCUGAAAGUAGCUGUGGGUGGCCCAUUGCAGACCUGAGUAUGGUAGGGAAAGGUGAUGCUUACCCCAAUCAAUGUUUAACUACCUUCAAUCUCACCCCGCAGCAGAUUAAAGGAGGAACAUCAAUAGCUAUCUUGAGCCCUGCAUUUGUGUGGCUUUGCGCCCAGGAAUAGGCUUGCUGAAGAUAUCUUAGCUCUUUUAUUGUGGAGGGUGAGGGUAAUACCCUUUUACAGGAAAUGUUCAUAGCAAGAUUGAGUUGUACCUAUGGGACAAGGCCAGCUUGAGGAUGCCUUAUUUUCACCAGCCAUGAAGAAUAUCAAAGAACCACUCAGCGCACAGAGUAAAACUAGGCCAUUAAUACACUAGGCCUGAUUAUCCUAGCACCACACCACAAUUACAGUAACCCCACUGACUUCCGUAAAUACCAUUUACAUGGGUGUAAGUGCAAGGAAGAUCAGGCCCGCCCUCUCGUCCUGCAAACAUAAUGAGAGCUAGACCCAAACCCUGAGUCUCUCUGCUCUUGUAGCUAUCAGUUGUUCCCUACACUACACCAUGCCUGCCAUGCCAGCAUGAAGGAGAUUAGUUGUCCCAGGCUUCUGGGGAUCUAUACGUCUUCCCUUCACCAAGCGGUAACCUGGGAGAACUAGUCUCCCUCACUGCUGGCAUAGCAGCCAGCUCCCCCCUUGGCCAAAGAUGACAAUGUUCUCUUCCCCAUCCCCAGAUGGCAUGCCACUUACAGCCAGACAUCACACAGCAGACGACGCUUUUCAGCCACUUGUAGAAAGCCAGUCACUCACUUUAUAGCAAUACUGUCCCCCUUCCUUCUCAAGGGAAGAUUGCUGGGUGGUGAAUUCUCAUUCAUUCCAAGCCAGAAGAACCCCAUUCCUGGAUGGCAGAGAGGAACUGCCAAGUUGCAGCUGAGAUUGAGCCAGCUUUGGUGGGUGACUCACAUCCCCACCUUACAACCCUCUCUUCAGAGGAUGCAGCAACCCCCACUCCUCACCCAGCUAAGAGUGAAUAUAUGAGGUCACCUUCAUUUCUACACCAAUAGC